AUGACCUCGCCUAAUGAACCUCUAGUAGCAGAGAUGACUCCCAACGGCCUCGCCCUGACUCCAGCGCAAAUGUAUCUUGAAAAGGCCAAACAGACCCAGACUGCCGAUGCCGCUGAGAGAGAUGGCCCCGCCAAUCUCUCGUCUCCAGCUACCAAGAAACGCAAAGCACCCAUAGACAAUCCCGACACCGACGACAUCAUCUCCAUCACCUCCUCAUCCGACAAAGAAAACGCCAACUCCAACGCCAACAUAAAUACCAAAAAGCCCACCACUAACCCACCCCUCACCUCCACUCCCAACCCAGAAUGCGAGUCCUCGUCCGAGUCAGGAAUGGAUGAUGACGACCUAGACGACCCAGCAUACGACAUCCCAAAAUGGAGCUGCCAGCAGAUCCGCGCCAAGAUCCGCAAAUUCGUCGAGACAGACAAGAAGAUGAAAGUCGGGGCGUUCCAGGACGCGAUCGGCGUGUCCUCGCGCUCGUACUACGAGUUCAUGAAGCAGAGUGGGACGUGGAAGGGCGAUGGCUCGUGGUGCUUCUCGAAUGCGCAUCGGUUUUUCAUGAGGAGGGAGGUUCUGGGGUUGGAUAGGAAGGAGAAGGAGGAGGCUAGGAAGGAGGGAGUCAGGAAGAGGGCGGAGGAGAGGAAGGCUGCUGCUGCUGCGAAGGAGAAAGAGAAGGAGAAAGAGAAGGAGGGUGAUGGGACGGUGACAGGGCCAGUGGCGAAGAAGCCGAAGACGAAAACUUCAGCCUCUGCGUCGUCGGCUGCAAUGAGCAAGAAGGAGAAGGAGGAAGCAUUCGCGCGCAAAUACGAUGUCAGCUCUGUUACCUUACCCGGCGAAGAAACGUCCGACGUGCAAGUCUACGACACCUGCGACGAAGUGCGCAAGAAGAUCCGCGCCGUCCUGAAAGACCCGCUCAUGACACGCGCUGCAUUCUGCAGGGAGAUCUCGAAGACGUUUCCCGACCGCGCGGGCAACAAGGAUAGGACGUUGCAGGGGACGACGCUGAAUUCGUUCCUGUCGAAGUCUGGACCGCGCGAGGGACGGACGAGUCUGAUUUUCUAUGCGUCGUAUGUGUUCUUUGAGAAGUUGCGGAUCCGGGAUGGGAAGGAGAAGAGUGAGUUCCGGAAGAAGAUGGAGAGGGUUUGGCGGGGGGAGGGUGGGUUUGAUAUUACGUCCUCGACGAGUACGGGGUUCUUUUGUCAUGUGAGUGAACGUGUCGUUUGUGAUGAGUAUGGUCAGCUUAGGAUUGGGAGGUAA